AUCUGGUUUGUUCUCCGCUGCUGAUCCUUCCCACAGAUGACCUCAUGCGAGAGAAGGAGGAGUCCGACGUCCCGUAGCCUACCUUGGUGGAGCAAGUGGGGACUGAACUCGUGUGGAGAUACGCUCAGAGUGCUGGUGAAACUUUUAGGACUUUAAUAUCCAUGACAUUUAUCAGGGGCUCUGCAGAAAGGAUUCCAGGAAUCUUGCCAUGUUCAAGGCGGUGCUGAAGAAGAACAGAGAUGGAGGCAAGGGGAGCAAGAAGGAUUCAGGUGACGUUCAUAGCCAUAGUGUCCAAAGAAGAUUCCCACCCGAGGGAAACCCCCAGCCCCAGGGGCCUGGCAGUGGUCUCCCUAAUGCACAGGAUGAAGUUUUCAGGUUAAGCCUUGCCAAGGGAGUGUCCAUGUCUCUCCCCUCCUCACCUCUGCUGCCUCGGCAGUCCUACAUGAUGCCCUUGCGCAGUAACAAGCGAUCACCAGGUCCAGUUAGGAAGCCCAAAUAUGUAGAGAGCCCUCGCGUGCCUUCUGAUGCCAUCGUGUCAGCUCGGAGGAAAGCGACCGAUAACAAGGAGUCGUCCCACAAUGAUCUGCAAGCGGAGAAACAGCCAAGCUCCUCCUCCCCUGCCACUCAGGAACUGAUGACAAGACUGGGCUUUUUACUGGGAGAAGGGAUCCCGGGUACGGCACGCAUACCUAUGGACGACAAGAAUGAAAAGAAGUGCUCUCUGACUAGCCAGGGCAUCAGCCCCUGCUCCACACUAACAAGCAGCACGGCGUCUCCCAGCACUGACAGCCCAUGUUCCACCCUAAACAGCACCACGAGCCGUCCCCCACUCAGCCGCUCCAGCCCCUGUGGGACCAUCACCAGCCCCAGUUCCACGCUAGAGAGCAAGGACAGUGGGAUCAUAGCCACCAUCACUAGUUCUUCAGAGAAUGAUGACCGCAGCGGCUCCAGCCUGGAGUGGAGUAAAGAUGGCAGCCUAAGAGGCAGCGGUCGCCAUGGCCUGGCACAGAGCGUGCGGGCGGACACCUGCUCUCCUGUGGCUGAAGAAGACUCCAGCAGUGCCACAGCAACACCUGCAGACACCCCAUCCAGGACAGACCAGCAGCACCCUAACAUAUCUGCGGGUGCUCCAGGGCCACCACACCCUCCGAGUCACUCACCCGAGGGACCCAUUGCAUACCCGCCACAGACAUCAGCUUCCCUCAUGAUGCCGAGGCCAAACUCUGUAGCAGCCACCAGUUCCACAAAGCUUGAAGACCUGAGCUUUCUUGAUGAACAGCGCAAUACCCCCCUCCGGACAUCCAUUCGCCUACCCUGGCAUAAUACAGGAGGAAGGCCGCCUCAGGACGCUAAAGCGCGUUUUGCUCCCUACAAACCCGUGGACAUCAUGCUCAAACCUUUGCUGUUCGAGGUUCCCAGCAUCACCACAGAUUCUGUGUUUGUGGGCCGAGAUUGGCUCUUUCAGCAUCUGGAAGAUGUCCUGAAGGCCGGCGAGUCCACAGAGAACCACGGUGCUGUGGUGGUGGGCAGCGUGGGUUAUGGGAAGACGGCCAUCAUCUCCCGACUUGUGGCGCUGAGCUGCCAUGGAGGACGCAUGCGUCAGAUCGCCUCCAACAGUCCCAGCGCCUCCCCGAAAACUGGCCCAGGACAAAGCACAGAACUUCCUCUCAGCCAACCUCCACAGCCCACUCCACCAUCCAGUGCUGCCAACACACUGAGGACCAGCAGUUGCCCAGGAACUCCCGAGAUGCAGCGGCACAGGGAGGAGGCUGUCAAACGCCUGGCUGCAAAGGUGGUGGCUUAUCAUUAUUGCCAGGCAGAUAACACGUACACUUGCUUGGUCCCAGAAUUUGUACACAGCAUCGCAGCCCUUCUGUGCAGAGCACAUCAACUGAGUGCGUACCGGGAGCUGUUGCUGAAAGAGCCCCACCUCCAGAGCAUGCUCAGUCUGCGCUCCUGUGUCCAAGACCCCAUGGCUGCUUUCCGGAGAGGAGUUCUGGAACCGUUGGCCAACCUACGGAAAGAGCGAAGGAUUCCAGAGGAAGACUACAUCAUCUUAAUAGACGGGCUGAACGAAGCUGAGUUCCACAAACCAGACUAUGGAGACACCAUUGCAUCCUUCAUCACAAAAAUCAUUGCCAAGUUCCCCUCCUGGUUAAAACUGGUGGUCACUGUUCGAAUCAACUUGGUGGAGAUCACCAGCCUCCUGCCCUUCUCCAAAAUCUCCCUGGAUGACUUUUCUGACAACAAAGAGAUCAGCAAUGACCUCAACGCAUAUAUCCAGUAUCGUAUCAACGGCAGCAAGGACAUCAUGAACAAUAUUAGCCUGAAUGGCAAGGCCGAUCCUAUCACAGUCGGCAAGCUAAGUAGCCACCUGAUCUCCCGCAGCCAAGGGUCCUACCUGUAUCUCAAACUCACCCUGGAUCUGUUUGAAAGAGGCCACCUCGUGAUCAAAAGUGCCAGUUACAAAGUCGUGCCUGUUUCACUGGCAGAACUGUACCAGUUACAGUGUAACAUGAAAUUCAUGACCAAUUCAGCCUUUGAGCGCUCACUGCCGAUCCUCAACGUAUCGCUCGCCUCGCUGCACCCCUUGACUGACGAGCAGCUGUUCAAUGCCAUCAACGCGGGGUUCGUCCAGGGGGAGCUACAAUGGGAGGACUUUCAGCAACGCAUGGAGCUGCUCUCGUGCUUUCUCAUCAAACGGAGGGACAAGACGCGCAUGUUUUGUCACCCUUCCUUCAGAGAGUGGCUGGUGUGGAGAGCUGAUGGAGAGAGUACAGACUUCCUUUGUGACCCCAGGACCGGUCAUGCUCUCAUGGCUUUCAUGUUAUCGCGCCAAGAGGGGAAACUGAAUCGGCAGCAGACAAUGGAGCUGGGACACCACAUACUCAAAGCACACAUCUUUAAGGGUCUGAGCAAGAAGACAGGCGUGUCAUCCAGUGUCCUUCAGGCUCUGUGGAUAAACUGCAGCACUGACGGCCUUUCUGCAGCCCUGGCCUCCCUGAGGAACCUCUACACACCUAAUGUCAAGGUAAGCCGUCUCCUGAUGCUGGGAGGGGCAAACGUGAAUUACCGCACAGAAGUCCUGAACAACGCACCAGUGCUUUGCGUUCAGUGUCACCUCGGUCACCAGGAAAUUGUCUCGCUGCUCCUCGAGUUCGGCGCCAGCGUGGAUGUUGUUUCGGAAAACGCCAUGAGCCCCCUCUGCUUCUCAGCUGCUGCAGGACACUUGGGACAAGUCAUGCUGCUCUGUAAAAAGGGGGCUAAGGUUGAUCAUGUAGAUAAGAGUGGCCAGUGUGCUCUGGUCCAUGCUGCCCUACGAGGACACCUUGAGAUUAUCCAGUACCUGCUGGAGCUAGAAUGGAGUGCUGAGGGGCAGCAGCAGGACUGCUCUCUGAAGAGCAAAGCUCUGCAGCAGGCUUUGAUUGCAGCCUCGAGCAUGGGGCACACACAGGUUGUGAGAGGCUUGCUGGCGUUGAAUAAUGAGCAUGCUGUGCAAAUUGAUAGUCAUGACACACUGUGGGGAGAGACAGCCUUGACGGCUGCAGCCGGCCGUGGCAAGAUGGAGGUAUGCAGCUUUCUGUUGGAGCAGGGGGCGGUGGUGCAGCAGGUCAACAGGCGGGGGGUGUCUCCUCUCUUCUGCGUGGUCAGACAGGGACACUGGCAGAUUGCAGAGCUGCUGCUACAGAAUGGUGCUGACAUUAACAUCAGUGACAAGCAGGGCAGGACCCUACUUAUGGUGGCUGCUUGUGAGGGUCACCUGAGUACUGUGGAGUUUCUGCUAUCUAAAGGUGCAUCUUUAACGUCGAUGGACAAGGAGGGACUGACGCCCCUGAGCUGGGCAUGUUUGAAAGGACAAAAGAAUGUGGUGCAGUUUUUGGUAGAGAAGGGUGCGGUCAUCGACCACACGGACAAAAACGGACGAACUCCACUGGACCUUGCUGCCUUCUAUGGAGACGCAGAGAUUGUCCAGUAUUUGGUGGAAAGAGGAGCAGUGAUAGAGCAUGUGGACCACAGUGGGAUGAGGCCUCUGGACCGAGCCAUAGGUUGUAGGAACACAUCGGUGGUGGUGACUCUAUUAAAGAAAGGAGCAAAGCUGGGGAACGCUGCUUGGGCCAUGGCUACUUCAAAGCCUGACAUCCUCAUCAUCCUCCUUCAGAAGCUGAUGGAGGAAGGAAACCUGCUUUACAAGAAAGGGAAGAUGAAAGAGGCAGCCCAGAGGUACCAGUACGCCCUGAGGAAGUUUCCCAGAGAAGGCUUCGGUGAUGAACUGAAGGCAUUUAAAGACCUGAGGGUCUCCCUGUACCUCAAUCUCUCCCGCUGUCGCAGGAAAACCAAUGAUUUUGGGAUGGCUGAGGAGUUUGCAACAAAAGCACUGGAGCUGAAACCCAAAUCCUAUGAGGCCUACUAUGCCCGUGCCAGAGCUAAAAGAAGCAGCAGGCAGUUUACAGCAGCCUUAGCUGACUUACAUGAAGCAGCCAAGCUGUGUCCCAAUAACCGGGAAAUCCGCCGUCUGCUGGCUCGAGUGGAGGACGAAUGUAAACAGAUGCAGCGAACUCAGACCAAAGGAGGCCUCGGUGGGGCUGCAGCUGCAUCCAGCCAGGCAUCAGGAGGCCACGAGUCUGACCAGGAGCAAGACGAAGGGCAGGAGGACCCCUCAGAGCACAGCCUUGCUAGGAGUGUAGAAGGCCAAAGAGAGAUUCUUGAAGAGGAGGAAGAGGAGGAGGAUGCCAUGCAGCAUGACAGGACAGGUGAAGCCUGCUGGUCCCAGAGCAGUUACUCUUUUAACAAAGUCUUACCCUCUGAGUCAGCGACCGCCAGCAACAGUGUGGGACACCAGAAUCAGAGUCUGAGCCCCAGCUCACCCCCAGGCCCCAGCAGGCUUCCUCCUCACAGGUACCCUCGUGAGCACCGGGAAGCCCUGCCUCAACAGGGACUGGUCUUGCAGCCAACCAAGCAAGCCCAAAUUGUCAAGACCAAUCAGCACAUGAGUUCCAUGCAAACAGGGGGAGGUGCCGUGGGGGGCCGCUCGGCAGGGGCCAAAUCUCAGUACGCUCCUUCCAGUCCGUUACCCAGCCGACACAUGUCCAGCAUGCUGAAGCCGGGCCCAGGUAUCGACAUCGGCCCUCUGCCCCCCCCAGCUGACGAACCCAUGUAUGGGAACCGCAUGUUGCUGGCAGCUGCCUCCUCUUCCAUGGCUCACAGUUGUGAAAGUGAGAGUCUCCACUCCUCUCAAGCCUCUUACUCAUCCUCCAGCAACUCUAAAGGUCUGGGUCAAGACAGGCUGUCUGCCCACUCCGCAUCGUCCUUGGAUGGCUUGGCCUGCUCUGGUCCUGGAUUCCAGGGGAAUCACUCUGAGUCUGGAAAGGAAGGGAUGUGCGCUCCAGCGGGAUCUCAGGGAGGCGGCAGCAGCAUGCGUGUGUCCAGUUCCACCAGCAGCCUGGCAUCAAGCAGCAGCCUGUCAGACAGCGGCAAGCUAGGUCCUGACGUUCGCACCAAGAUCACUGACAAAACAAAGCACAGCCAACAGGGCAGCGCCGCAGCCGAGUACAAACCCAGGCCCUUCAUGGGCAUAACCGAUAAGACAGCCCGCUUUCAGCAACAGCAGCAGCAGCAGCAGCAGAUUCAACAGCAGCAGCACCACGGCUUGCAGAGUCACCCGAGCCUGCAGUCUAUCGGUCGCAGCUGGCUGAACCACUCCUCCGACGGCCUCGUGUGUCACAACAUGUCGACAAUGGGCCUGCAGUCUGUCGACGGCAAAACGGCGAGCUCAUACCAGGAGCAGCACAAACCUCCACCACCUCAGGGUGGUAUGGCGAUGAGUAGCUUACAAAACGGCAUGCAUGCCAAGGAAUUUGCAGAGAAGUUCUGCCAAGCUGCCAACUGUUACAAAGAGUCCAAGCCAGCACUGGCUAUGCCACACACGUUAAUGGACAGUAAGCCCAAGCAGCCUGGCCUAGCUCGAGAUAAUCCUGCCAUUCACGUAGCUUCAAUGAAACCAAAGCGAUCAUUUAUAGAGUCGAAUGUGUAGACAAGAGUCUUUUAUCUCCCUUACAGUCCUCAACGCACACAGACACAAGGAAACAUCUAAAGUGAGAGGGACUUGUUUCAUAUUUUUUAACCAACCCCAAACAGAGUGCAGUCUGACGUUAAGUCUUAUAAGGAGUACAGUUUGCAAGCUGUUUGUUUUCCCGGGAAUUCAGGCACCAAGCAGCGUGCAGAAGGCUCCAAAUUUUUACUCGUCCCAAUCUGCCGCUUCUGGCUGUCAGCUUUUGUUACAUGACACGUCCGUCGUCGUUCAGCCAGGCCGGAGACAAAGCACUGAAGGAAGUAUCCGGACAUGUACUCUACAGUCCUGAUCAACAAAACGGUGGCAGUGAGCACUUUACACAGUUAGCAAGUGCUUAAACAACAUAUUCAGUUACAGCUUAAUGUUAUUACAGAGUAGUUCAUUACGUCCACGGUGCUGAGAGCGAAGAAAUACGGUCGCUUCAAAAAUGAUUCAGCACCCUUUGUUUUCUGCACACUUUGCCGCAAUUGCUUUUAAUUCAAUUUGAAUAAAAUUGUCAUUUUACACUCAGUAGCCCAAAAAUGACAAAGUGCAAACACAUUUGCUGAGUUCUUUGUAAUUUCAUUGAAAAUCAGACACUGAAGCCUCUCAUUCAUCUGUUUAAAUUUGCAAAACAGCAAAGCGUGCCUAAAAUAAAUGGAUGUGAAGGAAGACGUAGUCCCCGGUGAAACGUUCAGAGAGUUUAAGGGACGGGCAUUCCUGUGUUUUACGAAGGACGUUAUAGAUCCUCAUGUUGUGUAUAUUAUAUAAAUAUGUACUUUUCCUUCUUUUCAGUGAAGGUCCAUGUUAAGUGUAUUGACAAGUUCCGACUUGUGUAUCUUGAGUUUUAGGCACAAUGUUGUUCAAAUGGUGUUAAAGGUUCUAAAACAAAAAACAAAAAAGCAUUUGUUAAAUAUGUUUGUACAUUAUAUAAAAUCACCAUUAACACUGAAUUGAAUUCCUUUCUGUAUCUGCUUGUUGUUGCUGUCUAGUUUAAUUUAUUUACAGCGCCAAUGGCUUGGUUAAUUGUAAAAGCAAUAUAUUUUAUAUAGUUAUUUUUGCACAGCUACUAAGACAUUUUAUGAUUCUCAAUGUUGAGAUUUAAGUGCAUGCUUCAAUUGCAGUUUAUAUUACAGAGUGGAAAAAAGUCUAUAAAAGCAGAAAAAUGGCUUGGGGGCUCAGUGCCAUCAGUUCUAUUUUAUUAUGUACAUUAAAUGCAAUUGUUGCCAUGUUUUCAGUAUUGUGAGCUUUAUUAGCUGUGAUCACAUACUGUAAUUGAACAUUUUUGCCAUAGCUACCAUGGGAGAGAGAAAUAAAGACCCACUGAGGGGAAAAAAAAAA